AUGAUUAAGGAAGGUAGAAAGGAUUUGAAGAGAUACGGUCUCAUCUUCACAUGUAUGGCCUCUCGGGCUGUACACGUCGAGACACUCAACAGCUUGACUACUGAUUCAUUCAUUCAAGCAUUUCGUCGUUUCACAGCUCUCCGAGGACCAGUUCAACAACUGAGAUGUGAUAGAGGGACAAAUUUCGUCGGAGCGGAUGCAGAACUAAAAAAGGCCUGGCAUGAAAUGGAUCAUCAGAAGGUCAAGGACUGUCUUCUCAGUGAAGGAUGUGAUUAUGUUCACUUUAUCUUCAACGUUCCCUCUGCCAGCCACAUGGGAGGAGUAUGGGAGCGGCAGAUACGCUCUAUUCGCAGUGUUCUAGAUACUCUCCUGUACCAAUCUGGAAGGCAGCUUGAUGAUGAAUCACUACGAACCUUGAUGUGUGAGGCUGCAGCUAUCAUCAACAGCAGACCAUUGACAGUAACUCAUCUCAAUGAUCCAACGUAUCUAGCACCUCUGACACCAAACCACCUCAUAACAAUGAAGUCAAAGGUGUUCCUUCCUCCCCCAGGAAACUUCCAGAAUGCAGAUAUCUACUCGAGAAAGCGAUGGAGGAGGGUACAACACCUCAUUAAUGAAUUCUGGAGUAGAUGGAGAAAGGAGUUUCUUCAGAACCUUCAGGUCCGCCAGAAGUGGACACGCCCACAACGCGAAGCUUGUGUUGGAGACAUCGUCAUUCUGAAGGACAACAAUACUCCAAGAAAUCAGUGGUCCCUAGCGCGUGUUGCCGAAAUCAUACCAUCUGAAGAUGGACACAUUCGCAAAGUGAAACUCACCUUGGGAGACCGCGGAAUAGGUAAUAGUGGUAAGCGUAUCGGUCCACUUCAAGAAUUAGAGCGUCCUAUUCACAAACUGAUAUUACUGUUACCGCAAGAAGACCAAUAG